UAUAGAAUAAGCCAGAAAAUCCAUUAUCAUUUGAUGAAAUGUACUUGCUGGCUUAUUCCAUUUUUAGACAAUAAAUUAAUUUGAUGAUUUCGUGAUCAAGCAUUCGAUGAUUGUCGCAUAAUAAACAACACAAUAAUUGACGGUUGGCCAUUGAUGGUAGUGGUGAUGGCAAUAAUCCAUUACGCCGUCCUUCAUGCCAAAGUGUAGAAAGAAAAAGACAAAAACGAUAAAAAAAAUACAAUUUCAUUUCUUUCAAUAAAACAGUUUUGUCCGGUGUUGGAUGAAUCUUUUUUUUGAGGACAAAAAGUGUUAAUAGAUUUAUUUCAACACAUUUGAUCAUUUCAAUCAUUUUUUUCGUCAACCUGUUGAGUGGAUCUCUUUCAUUUUUAUUUUUUGAUAAUCAAUUAAUCUUUAAGGAAGAAUGCCUGUUGAAGAAAUAGAUAAAUUAUCAAAACAACCGGCAAAAUCAAUAAUACUGCAAAAUGUUCCUAAAGAAAAACGUUCGAUAUCUUUACAAACUGGAAGUUCGACGAUAAUCAUGCCUGUCGAUGAAAAAUCUAAAACUACAUCCGUUUCGAAUGCACCACCGAUUCGAACUGUUUCCACAGAAACGGAUCUACUACCACCAAUGACUCAAAUUUCCGAUAAUCCUAAAUCGCUCCCUAUAACUAAAACAGGUUUUUCAUUGUUACCUGGGCUUCAAAAUCAACCGCAUGUCAACUUUGAAGAACAAAAAAUUGAAAAAAACGAAAAAUUCAAACCAUCGUCAAUAGCAAUAGAAGUUGACUUUAAUCCAUCUCCGACUGAGGACCGAAAAACUAUCAAUUUUGAACAAUCGUUGUAUCAAGUACCGAAUUCACCAAUUAAGGAACCAACAAUCAUUCCCAAAUUGGUUUCUGAAAGUAAAGUGAAUCCACCUGCAGAAUCAGUUGUUGAAAAACAUGAAUUAAAAACAAAAUCACCACCACCAUCAAGUCCAAGCAGUAGCAGCGAAUUAAGCCAUCGAACUGUAAGUCUCAGUGAUCCAGAUUUAUAUUAUUUGAGUUUGCCACCGCACGUUAAAAUUAGUCAUCAUCCACACGGUGAUGAUAAGCCAUUUCAACCUUCACAACCGAAAGCUGAAACAUCAAAAGAAUCGACAAAAACAAAUGUAUUACCGCAUAGAAUUUCAUUUCAUAAACAAAAAUCUGUUACAUCUGGUCCGAGUGAGAUGAAAGAUUCACCCUAUUCAACAGUUCGUUCCAUCCGUUUCGAGCAUCAUAAACGAGUCACUUCGAAAUCGAUGAGAGCGUUAUCACACACAGGAUCACAAAAUCAACACUCUAUUGUGUCACCUAAACACUAUCAAAGUGCAUUAUUGAAAUUCACACCAGAAACGGCUACUCUUGUUCCAAUUGGGAAUGAAAAAUCCCGUCAUGAUAUACGAACAAGCAUGCGAUGGAAAUCGACCAAUCUUUCUCACAUGCAAGUGACAUGUCAUUCAGACACGGAUAUUUCAGAUACAACACCGGAAAUAAAUAAUAAUUAUUUGGAUAAUAAUAAUGCCAGUGAUAAUGAAGCAAUGGCCAUUCUACCGAUCGAAGCAAGAGAAUUAUUGAUGCAGGAAGAAGAAGAUAGAAAAUCACGUUUAGCAAAAGAAAGUACAUCAUUACUGCGAAUUCCAGGUUUAGGGACAAGACGUGAAAGUAAAUUCUUUCCUGGAAGAAUACGUAAACGUGUUAUAUUGAAAAAUGGUAACAUUAAUCUAUGUCCAGAACAUGUGGACAAGAGAAGUAGACGAUAUUUACAGGACACGUUCACCACAAUGGUUGAUAUUCGUUGGCGUUGGAAUCUAUUGGUUUUUGCAAUGGGUUUCUUAGGUAGUUGGUUCGGUUUUUCUAUCAUUUGGUGGUUGAUUGCAUUUUCACAUUCAGAUUUUGAACAUUUACACGAUGAAGAAUGGACACCAUGUGUUGCAAAUUUAAGAAAUUUUGCCAGUGCCAUAUUGUUUUCAAUUGAAACACAACAUACAAUCGGUUAUGGUUCACGUUUUACAACUGAAGAAUGUCCAGAGGCAAUGUUUUUGAUGAUGUUACAAUCGAUUACUGGUGUAAUGAUCCAAUGUUUUAUGGUUGGUUUCAUUUUUGCAAAACUUUCUCGGCCACAGAAACGUUCGCAAACAUUGAUGUUUAGCCGAUACGCUAUAGUGAAUACUCGCGAUGGUGAAAUGUGUCUAAUGUUCAGGGUCGGUGAUCUAAGAGAUAGGUCACAUAUAAUUGGAGCAAAAGUUUCGGCACAAUUGAUUAGGAAAAAAAUGACAUCCGAAGGUGAAAUGAUACCAUAUUUUCAUCAGAAAUUAAAUGUUAAAUUUGAUGAGAUUGAUGAUGAAGUGUUUCUAAUAUGGCCUGCAAUUAUCGUACAUAUUAUCGAUAAAGAUAGUCCAUUCUAUACGAUGAAUGUUGAUGAUAUGACAAGAGAAAAGUUUGAAAUAAUUGCAAUUCUUGAAGGAACAGUAGAAUCUACUGGACAAACAAUCCAAGCACGAACAUCGUAUCUACCAUCAGAAAUAUUAUGGGGACAUCGUUUUGAACAAUUGAUACGUUAUCGUCAUGAUACUGGAGAAUACCUUGUUGAUUAUUCAAAGUUUAACAAUACAUUCGAUGUUGAUUCACCACUAUGCAGUGCAAAAGAAUUGAAAGAAGAAUUACGACAACAAAAAGUUCAUGAUGAUGAUGAAUCGGAUCAAUUAUGAAGUUCAUGGAUGAUUUUGAUUUUGAAAAAAAAACAUUUAUAAAUUUAUUUAAAUUCAUAAUGAUAAACAAUAAUUGAAUAUGAUAAUUAAACUAUUGCUUGCUUUUGGA